UGUUCUGAAAGCUUAAAUUUAGAACGCAGAAUAAGAUUAAAAACUGCAGUAAAAUUUUACAUGUGCUGAAGAGAUUUGAAUUGAGCUAAAACCUCUAAACUGAUAGCAAAGAUCGACUGUUUGUGAAUAACAUACCAAACACCUGAACUAUAACUAAUAUUAAAAAAGGAAAUACGGAAACGUUUUCAAGAGACCAUGCCACCCAAGACGACGAAAGCUGCCACAGGAAAGACCCCGGCUAAGGGUGCCACGGGGAAGACGCCGGCCAAGGGUGCAGCCAAGCCCGCGGCCACCAAGGCGCCCGUCAAGAAAGAGGAACCCAAAAAGGAGGAAGCCAAGCCAGCGAAGCGCACGAUGGAGCCCAAGGAAGUGACAUUAAAGGCGAUCGCUAACGUCGUUAAUUGCAUCGGUGAAGUCGGGGAAGAGUACAAGGCCUCCGGAAGGUGCUUGUUGAUCGUGGACCACAACGGGAACGUUGGGACGUUCCUCAAAUACCGUGACGUCAACAUGAUCCAGGCAACACUCGCCGUAGAUUUUCAACCAGAGCCCCUAAGGAAGGCACUUAUAGGAAGCCUCAAGCACGGGAAGCCCAACAUCCUGGAUGUGAGCGACACCGACCAGGAGAAGAUACUGGAUGUGGCUCAAGGAAAGUAUGAGGAGAUAUACCCCGGAUGCUGGCAGGACAUGCUCGACCUCUCCAUCAGCCAGGACGAAAACAAAUGGGGCAAACUGUACCGCGCUAACGACGACGAGGAACAGUACAAGAACCCCUACGACUACAGGGCCGCGGAGUUCAAGUUUGUUGUCCUUACAAAUGUCGAUCCGCCGGCGUCGGCACUGCACGACUUCUUCACCGUUAUAGUCAACUAGUCAACCACCUGCAGUCAGUUCUUCACAUUGUGUAUAUUUUUUAGUCAGUAGUUUUUUUAUCGAUAUUUGAAAUGUUGAACGCCGUCUUCAUGGUCCGCAGCCGUCAGCAGCGUCACGCGUACAUGUCAUCUUACAGGAGUAUUUUUAUCCAGUCUUCACCAAACUUAGUUACAAUGUUUAUGGGCAUACAAGUUCGAUCAACAGACACAAUCAACUCCAGAGUUAUGGCCCUUGCAGUCAAAAUUAGACCCCAUUUUAUUUGGUCUAGUAUGUAACUUAAAGAUGCACUCUUACUGCCAAAUAAGAUUUACCACAGUUAAAACAAUAAUUUACCAAAAAGAAUGAAUAAAUGUCAAAAACAAUGGUUUUUAUGAAGGAUACACAUGGCUCUUGAAUUGUCCAAAUUGAUUUUGACCAUAUCAGAUCAUUUGUUCCUAACAACACUAGUUCAAAGCAGCACACUCAGUUCCGGCGAAUAUAUUUGUUCAUGUUUACGAAUAGAGAAAUUAAUAGCCUCUUUAACGCUUAUUUACAUUGCAAAAACCGUUCAGAAAAGAAUAGUUUUGUUCCAAAGUAUGUUUAUAACAUCCAAAAACAAUAACACUGCAUAUUUAAUGUCGACAUCUUUCAUUUCAAUAUUGACAAUUUUCGACACAAUUUUAACUUUUGUUUAUAUGAUAUAUAAACCCUCCAAGACUAUCUCUCUACCAUGAUGUAAUGGGUAUUGUUCCCAACUGCUGACGGCUGAUUUUGAUUUAUUUUCCUUUUAUAGUUAUACACAUAAUAUUGACUUUGUCAUAAAUUAACUAAUGGACCUUUAAUUUGAUCUCUAUAAUUGAGGGUUUAAGCUUCCUUUUCUUAAAAAAGGACAGGGUGCUAAGGGAGCAUUUAUCCCUGAAAUAUUGCCCAUACCUUAAAGUUGGUAGCAGGAUUUUAACAAUGCUAACAAAAAUGUAACUAGACUACAGUAUACAUGUACCUGUAUUAGCAGUUUCAAAACAUGGUAGAUUUAUUAAACUAUUGUACAGUGUUUAUGAGAUAUGGUUUACAUAAAUUACUGAAAUAAUGAUCACAUAUAUAUAUAUGCAAUCAGCAAUUGCAAUUAUUGAUUGGACAGAAGUUCAUAUGACUGUUUUGUGAUGCAAUAUGUAAUAUUUAUGUUCAUGUUACAUGUUUUUAUACUCUGACUUUAUAUUUUACAAAUUACUUAUCUUUUGUUAUCUUGAAAUAAAAAAGAAAGAAAACAAGUUUUAUAAUAUAAAUAACAAAAUUCU